AAAAGAAACCCAGACUGAAUGACUGCAAGUUGUUAAGAAACUAAACAGGGGUACAGAUGUCACAAAGUCAACAGUGGAAGGUUAACACAUGCACGGGUUACCACAGAUUUGAUUAACGCAAAUAAUGGACGGAGGAAAACCUUAAUCACUUACCUUUUCCCUCCAGUUUUGUUUUGUGCUUUUCCAUUAGUGGUGUCGUUUAAAAACAGGUUCAUUCGUAGUAACCGAGGGGAUGUGUUAUAACCUUACACCACUUGACUCGCUUAUAGAUGUCACAGGGAUUGCUCAAUACGGUACUACAAAUUUAAUUUUGAACACGGCAUGGACUGCAACAAAGCUAAUCACAGCAGAUAUUUUCAACUUGCAACCUCCAUGCAUAACAACAGCACCUCAGCCCCUGGACUCGGGUCACAAGCUCGUCUUCUCGAGGGUUUUGGUUUAUCACUUGUUCUCUUGGUCUCGCUGGUGUUAAAUCUCUCCGUUUGUGCGAUCAUCUGCCGAACAAAAUCACUACGCGAGAAGCCGACUAAUACAUUUGUGGCAAACCUGUGUACCGCUAAUCUGCUUCUGACCGCCUGUGUGAUUCCAUUUAGCUUGGUGACCAUUAUCGAAGAUGAACAUGCAUCUUAUUCAAAACUUUUUUGCCAGGCAAAUGGUUUCAUAAGUGUUGUGUCGAGUGUUGCCAUUGUUAUGACUCUUUGUUGUAUAAGUCUCGACCGCUACAUUGCAGUUACCAGGCCAACACGUUACAAGAUCAUUGUCACGGUCAAACGUGCUUGGUAUACUUUGUUAGUGGUUUGGGGACAAGGACUCCUGUACGCCACGUUUCCCAUAUUUGGUUGGUCCAGGUACGAGUAUCAUCCGGGGACUUUACACUGUUCACCGGCAUGGACAUCAGAAUGUUCCCUGUACAUCUAUCUGGCAGUUGUAGGAUUUGGAAUUCCAAUGACUGUGAUGGUGUUCACUUACAUACGUAUUUUCUUCGUCAUGCGUAGACACGCGCGCAAGGUUUCCACUAUCAAGCGGACGCGACCAAAAGUUAAAAACAAUAAUUGCAAACUGAUUUCAAUGAAAGAAAGAGGGAGUGUAAAGCCACACUCUACGCAAAAUUCAUCUCACGAGGACAAGUCCUCGACUACGGCCGACAAGCUUUACUCUUCAGCUGCAAAUGAGCAAAUGUUAUGUAGCUCAACGGCAAACCUUUCAGAGUUAAACUGCCGUGCUAAGCAAUUUGAACUGAAUACGAAAACUGACGCAGCUAGCGGUUUUUAUUUGCAAAAAGGAGAAAAAGUGUCCUUCGCCACCGAACUGCCAUUAGUUAACACUUGUGAGCCCGGAGCGCAGUCAAACAGCAGCAAAGAGCCGUCAGAUGUCCAGCGGAGCACACGUGGUAUGAUGCGCAUUGGAGAAACGCUCAGGAAAUUCUGGCCGCGAAAACGCAGGCGCAAUCAACGACCGCUAUCCAGAGAAUUGAAAGUUGCAAAGACUGGUGUGCUGCUGUUAUUUAUUUUUAUUAUCUUGUGGUUACCUUACAUGGUCGUGCAUAUCUGUUCUUCUGGAGUAAAAGCACCACCGACUGUGUUUCGAUUGACAAUGUGGCUUGUGUUUAUGAACGGGGUUUUGAAUCCCAUAGCUUAUGCGUUGGGUAACUCUACGGUGAAAAUGAAGUUUCGUCAGAUGUUCUCUACAGUGUUUUCGUUGUGCUGCAAGUGUAGGUGGACUGAAGGACAGCGCGUGAUUUCUCGCAUGUCAGCAAGAGUCUGAAUAUUCUCCACGUACAAAUAUAUUUGUUGUGACAAAAGCUUAUUUCCACCCCCCCUCCCCACUCCCCAGCUACGACCUGUUCAGGAAUUCUGACUGCAACACUACGUCGUUAACCUGACUUAAAUGUACUUCCAACCGAAGGAGUCUUUCAAGAAAUCUCUUUGUAGCUGAUUGGGUCCCAGAUGUUUAGCUAAGCUCACAUGAAACAUGAAGAACAUGAAGUACAGUCCUUAAUGAACGAAUUACGGUGACCAGGCAAUUGGAACAAGACAUGACCUUGAUAUACUGUGUUCAGAUGCAGUAUUUAAUAGCUUUUAGCCACAAAAACAUUACUGUAUUCCUGCAGUGACUUAAAAUGGCAAUUAAAUAAUUUGACACACAUAUAUGAUACAUUUAGCCAAAAUUUGUACUCAUAGUCUGUAACGACGUGGAGGCACCAAUUACAAUUGAAAAUAUAAAUGUAAAGCAUUUGCACGUAAUUACGGUGACCUAUAUCUCCUUUCUGUGCUCUGUCAAAAACAAAAAAUUCACCUUGAACUUGAAUGAAAUUGUAAUGUAAAUCAAACCGCUUUCUCUCAAAUCUACAAUGAACGUUUAAAGUUCUAGAAAUUCCGCUUACGUCAUGUCUUUUAGAGAGGAUAAAAAAAAUAUCAUGUUCACAUUAAGAUACAGUGAUACGUUUAAGAGGAAUAAAGAUCCGUCGUAGUUGAAACGUGCAA